AAUGUCACUACUUGAUAAUCUGACAUUCAUUUAAUAAUUUUUUUUUUAUUAGUUUCAUAGAAAAACUCCCAAAACUUAAUAAAUUACGUUAUCAUGGCUAACUUCCUAAAUGUCUUUAAAAUUGUCUCUACAGCAAGAGAAGCCUUUUUACGAAAAAAAGUCGCAAGACAAAGAAGGGAAAAUGUCGCCAGAGGAAUGUCUGGACAAUUGGAUCUUUCCAUGGACUCAAUGGAAGAAACUCGGUUUAAGAAAAAACAGCAAUACCUAAUACAAAGGCUUGAAAAAAAACUUCACUUUUCUUUUAUGGAACUUGAAUGUUUACUUUUAAUCUACUAUAAAAUGUGGAAAGAGGGAAAAGCAACUAACCCAAAGCAGGAAGGUGUAACCAAAGUCCAGUUUCGGGACGUACUCCACUGCGCUUUAGAUAUGACAGACGAUACUUUAAUGGACCGAGUGUUUUUAGCUCUAGACAAAGGCCCUAGUGCAUGCAUAUCAAUGGAGACUUGGGCACAAGCCUUUUCAUUAUUCCUAAGAGGCACUUUGGAGGAAAAAAUUCAGUUUUGUUUCUCAGUUUAUGACAUAAUGGGUGAUGGCAUUUUAGCAAGAGAUUCCAUAUUUCACCUACUUCGAACCUCGCUAAUCAGUCAGAGUGGGGAAGAAGACGCUGAAGAAUCAGCAAGGGAUAUGAUAGAAGUUGUAACGAAAAAAAUGGACAUUGACAGAGACGGAAAAAUAUCUUAUCACGAUUACCGGCAGUCUGUCCUAAGAAAUCCGAUGCUUUUGGAAGCUUUUGGCCAAUGUUUACCUACCAGACAUGCCGUUUAUGCUUUUCUAUCUACCUUUACGUUUACGGAUUCGACCUUGUAAGAGAUUUGAAUUGUUUAAGGGCUUCAGAAAACGUAACUCAAAAUUCAAUAUAUUUCGAUAAAUAAAUCAAAAUUUUAAACAGAAUUGUCUUUCUAGUUCAAAGACUAUAUAGUGUUAUCGCCAAAAGAAUGUAAUGACUUAGUAAUUAUAAUAUGUCUUUAGGGAUGUAAAAUGACGGUCAUUUAUAUUUUCUUAUUUUCAAUAUCAGCCUAGGUACUUAUUAUAGCAAUAAAAACACACAUUUCAAACAAACAA